AUGGGAAUAGCUAGUUCUAAAUCACCUCGACCCAGGAAAGAUAGAAGUUUUUCAGUACCUGAUAUUAAAAAAGAUCAAAUUAUACAGAAUUGUAUGACAAAGAGAAAAUAUUCUGCUUCUUAUAUACUCCCUUUAGAUGACGAUGAGGUUGAUAGAAUGAUUUUACAACACUAUAUUUUUCGAAAUGUUUGGAAAAAUGAUUUUUCUUCACCUGUUGAAAGUUCGUUAGAAAGUGGGGCAAAAAUGUUAGACAUAGGAUGCGGUCCUGGAGUUCUUGUUCUUGAACUUGCUAGUAAAUAUCCAAAGUCACAUUUUACAGGAUGUGAUAUUGUCGCAAAUUAUCCUCUUCAGAUUAAACCUGAAAAUAGCACAUUCGUGAAGGCUAAUAUGAGAUUUAUGAUGUUUGCAUUAACGACAAAAGAUUGGCCACUUGCCAUUAAGGAAAUGAUUAGAGUUACAAAACCAGGAGGAUGGAUUGAAAUAAUGGAAAGGGAUAUUUUUUGGUACAAUGAAGGUGAAGCUGUAAAAACUUGGAGGCAAAGGGUUGUUGAGGGAUUAAAAGCAGAAAAAGGGAUUGACCUUCUAAUAAGCCCGCAAAUACCUAUUUAUCUUGCUGCAAAUAAAUCAUUAACCAACAUUUCAAGAGACGAGAGGAUCGAACCUUUAGGCUCAUGGGGUGGUGUUUUGGGUAAAGCUUAUGGACAACUGGUAACGUGGGGUGCUAAGAACCUUUCAGAAGCUGUUUCUAAUAUACAAUUCCAAGAAGGGGAUUAUAGUAUAUUAGUUGAUAUUGCGAUGAAAGACUUGGAUAGUAAUAAAGCAUUUGACAAAAGUCAUCGAUUUUGGGCAAUGAAAAAAACACUUGGUUAG